AUGUUAAGAUAAAUCAAACAAGAUCACACAUGACUAUAUUUAAGCUUACACAUUGAGAAAAUUUCAUGACUCAACUCUUUUGCUAAAGAUGGCGGGCAUGAUAAUGGCUGCCCCACAGACCCCCACACUCCGCAAUAAUGAAAACUCGCCGCGUCGGUGCAAAGCCAUUCCUUCCUCUCCUAAUCCCUCGCUCCUCCUCCUCCUCCUCCAUUCAAGCUCCCAUGUCUGAUCUCUCGUCCAUGGAGCUUCCCUCCGUCAAGAGGCCAACUUCCCUCAGCAAUCCCAAUAUUAUUCUAUAUCUUACCCUAGCACUUAUCUUUCUCACCGUCUUCCCUCUCUACUACCACCCUUUCCGCUGCACCAAUCAUCCUCUGGACUUCCCGGCGAAGCCGGUAGCCGAAUCAUCUUCCGGUCUUUCUCCGGUACCGGAGAAGUUGCUAGCAAAAGCGCAAAGCGCCAACGCUUUUGAAAGUGUUGAUAUUUCUUCCCCUCCCCGAGAUCUGGAAAAAGGGUCUGAUGAAGCAGGGGGAUUCAAGAACAAGUGCGAUAUCUUUACCGGAGAAUGGGUUCCGAACCCGGAGGCGCCGUAUUACACGAACGAGACUUGCUAUAGCAUCCAGCAGCACCAGAAUUGCAUGAAAUUCGGGAGGCCCGAUGAUGGGUACUUGAAAUGGCGGUGGAGGCCGGACGGGUGCGAGCUCCCUGUUUUCGAUCCUCGGGAAUUCUUGGAACUCGUCAGAGGAAAAUCUUUGGCGUUUGUUGGAGAUUCAAUUGCCAGAAAUCAUAUGCAGUCUCUGGUUUGCCUCUUAUCACUGAUUGCUUAUCCUAUGGACAUUUCCAACACGACAGAUGACAACCGUAAGCGUCUUGUAUACAAAGAUUACAACUUCAACAUUUCCAUGUAUUGGGCCCCGUAUUUGGUCAAGACGGGCGUGACUUUUAAUCAGCAAAACAGCAAACCGUUCGAUCUGUAUCUAGACGAAUUCGAUGAAUCUUGGACAAGCAAGAUUGAAGCUUUUGACUUUGUAAUAAUCAAUGCUGGCCACUGGUUUCUCCGGCCCACUAACUUUUAUCUAGACGGUCGACUCAUUGGGUGCCUCUACUGCUCAGAACCCAACGUGACACACUUGACCAAAGACUUCAGCUACAGAUGGGCAUUCAGAACGGCAUUUCGGGCAAUUAACAGCUUGGAAAACUUCAAGGGUGUAACGUUCUUGAGGUCAUUUGUUCCCCAACACUUCGAGCAUGGUACGUUUGACCAUGGUGGGGAAUGUGUGAGAACAGAGCCGUUUCGCAGGAACGACACCAUCUUGAAAGAAUUUGAGUUGGACUUGUACGAUAUUCAAAGGGAAGAGUUUGACAUUGCAGAGAAAGUGGGGAGGAAAAAGGGGUUGAAAUACAGAUUGUUUGAUGUGACACAUGCAAUGUUGUUGAGACCGGACGGGCAUCCGAAUAAAUAUGGGCACUGGCAGAACCCGAACGUGACUGUCUUCAAUGACUGUGUGCAUUGGUGUUUGCCAGGACCAAUCGAUACCUGGAGUGAUAUCUUCAUGGAGUUGUUGAAGAGGGAAAGUUGAAGAUCAUGCACUGUACAUUGUAACAAUGGUGAACUUUUCUUGCGCCCCCCUCAUUUUCAACUGUAUUUUUCGGACGGUUCUACAAAACUUUUGAUGUAAUGAAGUUAUACAAGUACAUUUUAACAAAAAAAUUUGUUGUCAUAAUAUGACAAGACCUACGGUGCCCCAAUAAAAAAAAUUGAUAGUUACUAUCCUCUAACUCUCCUAAACCCCACCCUAGCAUCCCUUCCCAACAAAAUGCCGAUUGGUUAAUUGGCGUUUUUGGGGAAGGGAUGGAGAUCAAGAGGAUUUGGGGUGUCAGUUAGAUGUAAGAACAAUUAAUUUUUUAAUCGGAGCAAUGGAGCAUUGUAGUUGUCAAAUUAUGACAACAAAAGUUGUUUGAAGAUGGGGGCAUGCCUGUACGAGUAUAAGUUAGAGCAUCUCCAAAGGGGCUUGCUAUAUGUGGCUUGCUAUUGCUUUUUUUAAGCAAAUGAAUAGUGGUAUAACAA